AUGUCUUACGAUUCAUGGCAAAGCCCCAUGGGGGCACGAUACGCCAGCAAAGAAAUGCUUACGCUGUUUUCAGCUCGGACUCGGGCCUCGACAUGGCGUCAACUGUGGAUCUGGCUGGCCGAGGCAGAGAAGGAACUGGGACUCGACAUCUCGGACGAAGCAAUCCAACAAAUGCAAGCGGCCCGAGUCAUGACGGACGACGACUUUCAGGUCGCCGCAGUGGAGGAGAAGAGACGACGUCACGAUGUCAUGGCUCAUGUCCACGCGUUCGGUGAACGAGCUCCUGCCGCGGCAGGGAAAAUUCAUUUGGGUGCUACCUCAUGCUAUGUGACGGACAACGCGGAUCUGAUUUUCCUACGAGAUGGGCUGUCUCUGCUUCUCCCCAAGCUUGCCAAGUGCAUCCGGAAGCUAUCCGACUUUGCGAGCGAAUACAAAGCCCUCCCAUGUCUUGGUUUCACUCAUGGGCAGCCCGCACAGUGCAUCACGGUGGGAAGACGAGCUACGCAAUGGAUUGAAUCGCUGCUGAUGGACUUGCGAAACCUCGAGCGAGCUCGGUCCGACCUUCGCUUCCGAGGCGUCAAGGGUACCACGGGCACCCAGGCCUCUUUCCUUGAGCUCUUCCAUGGAGAUCACCAGAAGGUCAAGCGACUGGACGAACUAGUUACCAAGAAGGCCGGGUUCAGCAGACGCUCGAUCGUUUCCGUCCAGACAUACAACCGCAAGAUCGACUUCGAUACUGCAAAUGUGCUGGCUUCCUUCGGCACCACCUGCGAACAUAUUGGAACCGACAUCCGCCACCUAGCCAUGCUCAAGGAACUGGAAGAGCCAUUUGAGAAGGAUCAGAUCGGCUCUUCAGCAAUGGCGUACAAGCGAAAUCCCAUGCGAUCAGAACGGAUGUGCUCGCUUGGGCGCAAACUUGCGACCUUGCCUGCAGGGUUUGGCGCCACAUAUGCACACCAAUGGUUUGAAAGGUCGUUGGACGAUUCGGCCAUCCGACGCAUCGACAUUCCAGAGAUAUUCCUGAUUGCCGAUGCGCUCUGUAUUCUGCUUGAAAACGUCUCGUCUGGCCUGGUGGUUUACCCCGCCGUCAUCAACAGCCGUCUCCAGCAAGAACUCCCAUUCAUGGCCACUGAGACCAUGAUCAUGCGCAUGAGCGAGAAAGGCGCUAGUAGACAAGAGACUCAUGAACAAAUCCGCGUUCUUUCUCACCAAGCAGGUGCCGUAGUGAAGCAGGAGGGAAAUCAAAAUGACCUGGUGGAGCGAGUUCGCAAGGAGAAGUUUUUCGAACCCAUCUGGAAUGAGUUGACGGAAGAAGACUUGUUGAACCCAACCAAGUUUGUGGGUAGAUCGGCCGAGCAAGUGGAGGAGUUUGUUGAAGAAGAGGUUGAACCGGCACUUAAGCCAUACAAGGAUCUCCUUGGUGGGCAGGCGGCGGAAAUACAUGUCUAG